GCAGGCAGGCAAGGGUUAAAAGAUAUGGGCCGGCCCAGUCCCUGGCCAGGUAGGCUGGGCCAUCGCCUAGUGGGAGGCGGCCUAGGCAUCCACCACUGUGCUCACCCCUGCUCACUGCCACUAUCAGCCGGAGCAGGGCCUUGUUGAGACGACUAUUUUUUUUUUGAGGUACCUGAGGCCACUCCACAGCACCUCUCUGGCAUUGGCAAGACUCCUGACUGUGGCCCAUGGGCCUCUGAGGAGGCGUUGUAAGUCUGCCCGGCUCCCCACUUGCUGUGCUCCCACUCAAUGGGAAGGGAACCAAGGUACCAGGGCCUUGACAUUGACACAGAUUCUGAGAGGGCAGACCAAGCAGGCCUUGCCCAGCCAUCAGCCACGGCCUCUUGACAGCACCAGGAUGGAAGUCAAAGCUGCCCUGUUUGGAGAGGCUGCCCCCCAAGUGAAGUCAGAGCGGCUCCGGGGGCUGCUUGACCGGCAGCGGGCCCUGCAGGAGGCCCUGAGCCUGAAACUUCAGGAGCUACGAAAAGUGUGUCUCCAGGAGGCGGAGCUGACUGGCCAACUGCCCCCCGAGUGCCCACUGGAGCCUGGAGAACGGCCCCAGUUGGUCCGCCGGCGGCCCCCUGCAGCCCGAGCCUACCCUCCACCACACCCCAACCCAGCACACCACUCCUUAUGUCCCGCUGAGGAGCUGGCGCUCGAGGCCCUGGAACGCGAGGUGUCAGUGCAGCAGCAGAUUACGGCAGCUGCCCGCCGCCUGGCCUUGGCCCCCGAGCUGAAUGCCGAGCAGCGCCGGCGUCGGCGCCAGGUCCAGGCAGAUGCGCUGCGGAGGCUGCACGAGCUGGAGGAGCAGCUGGGGGAUGUCCGGGCCCGCCUGGGCCUCCCGGUGCUCCCGCCUCUCCAGCCCCUGCCACUGUCCACCGGCGCAGUUAUCACCACCCAGGGAGUCUGCCUGGGCACACGUCUCACUCAGCUCAGCCAAGAGGACGUAGUUCUGCACUCAGAGAGCAGCUCCCUCUCAGAGUCUGGGGCCAGCCAUGAUAACGAGGAGCCCCGUGGCUGCUUCCCUCUGGCUGAGCGCCCCUCACCACCCAAAGCCUGGGACCAGCUGCGGGCAGUAUCUGGGGGCAGCCCUGAGCGGCGAACCCCAUGGAAAGCACCCCCGUCGGAUCUUUAUGGGGAUCUGAAGAGCCGGCGGAACUCUGUGGCCAGCCCCACCAGCCCCACACGCUCGCUGCCCAGGAGUGCCUCCAGUUUUGAGGGACGAAGUGUGCCUGCCACCCCUGUCCUCACCCGGGGCGCUGGCCCCCAGCUCUGCAAACCCGAAGGCCUCCAUUCUCGCCAGUGGUCCGGCAGCCAGGACUCCCAGAUGGGCUUCCCCCGGGCUGACCCUGUCUCCGACCGCGCCUCCCUCUUCGCUGCUCGCACCCGCCGCAGCAAUAGCUCCGAGGCCCUGCUGGUGGACCGGGCGGCUGGUGGGGGAGCUGGCUCCCCACCUGCGCCUCUGGUGCCCCCUGCCGCUGGGCCCCCGGUCUGCAAGAGCAGUGAGGUGCUGUACGAGCGCCCCCAACCCACCCCUGCCUUCUCCUCCCGUACAGCUGGCCCCCCAGACCCUCCCCGGGCUGCCCGGCCUAGCUCAGCCGCCCCCGCCUCUCGCGGGGCCCCCCGCCUCCCACCUGUGUGUGGGGACUUCCUCUUGGACUAUUCCCUGGACCGGGGCCUGCCCCGCGGUGGCGGCGGGACCGGCUGGGGGGAGCUGCUGCCCACAGCCGAGGUCCCAGGACCCCUCUCCCGCCGGGAUGGGCUCCUCGCCAUGCUCCCAGGCCCACCACCUGUGUACGCAGCUGACGGCAGCAGCCCCCUUCUCCGCAGCAAGGACCCCCACAGCCGUGCCGCCCGCACCAAGCCCUGUGGCCUGCCCCUGGAGGCUGCCGAGGGUCCAGAGGUGCAUCCCAACCCCCUGCUGUGGAUGCCCCCGCCCGCCCGUCUUCCCCCGGCUGCUGAGCGCAGUGGCCACAAGAACCUGGCCCUGGAGGGGCUGCGGGACUGGUACAUCCGGAACUCGGGACUGGCCGCGGGGCCCCAGCGCCGGCCUGUGCUCCCCGCCAUGGGCCCGCAGCACCCACCCUUCCUCCAUGCUCGCUGCUAUGAGGUGGGCCAGGCGCUGUACGGGGCCCCCAGCCAGGCGCCGCUCCCACACUCGAGGAGUUUCACGGCGCCCCCUGUCUCCGGCAGGUAUGGGGGGUGCUUUUACUGACGGGUAGGGGUCUCUUGAGGCAGUCAGUCAAGGUGUCCAGGCCACGGGGGCCGCUGGUCAUGAUCGCAAAUGACAUGGACCACAGGAGAACUAGCCGCAGCCUUGGUCUGGGGACACGGGGCCCUGCCUGACCCGCAUUAGUCCGUGGGGUCUCUGCGGAGGGGUGUCUUGGGCCCUGGUAGGAGCAGUUCUUCACCACGCUAUGUUAGGAUUUUAGCAUUUGAACAACCAGUGCAUGUCAGCUGAAAAUGAGCCUUGAAACCAGGGUGCUGGGAGGAAGGGAUGUCCUAUGCCCCUCGCCUGUCUCUUCCUACUUUCACCGUGUCCCCUGCUCGUGAGCCUAACGGUGCUGUCCUGUGCCUGCCUCCACCUCUUUAACGAGCCUCUUUUCCUCUCUCUUUCUGUGUCUUGUCCGUCUUUUCCUCUCUCCUCUGUCUUCCUACCCUGUCCUCCGGAUUCCUGCUACCCCUUCCAAAGAUACUACGCGGACUUCCUGUACCCCCCGGAGCUGAGCGCUCGUUUAAGUGACCUGACGCUAGAGGGGGAGCAGUCCUCUGGUUCUGACCCCCAGACCCCGGGGACACUGGUCUGACCCUUUCUGAAAUGCCCCUUCUUGGCCUGGGCAUGACUCCAGUCUGGGGAGCACACAGCUGACCUCGCUGAGCCCUGGGGUGUGGUUGCUCUUGGUCCUGGGGGGCACCAACCUGAUCUUCCAAGGUCCCUGGCUCCCCAUGGGCCCACGAAGGUGUCUGACACCCUGCCUCUCCUCUUGCAGUGUUCUGGGGACUGGGGGCCCUCAGCCAGCUUAAAAGAGGGGAUGAUGUCAUGGGGACUCCAAGCCCCUUCCUCCAUUUCUGUUUACAGUUGUGAUUUAGGUAUUCACUGUCUUCCCCCAACACUAGACGUUUUAUAAAAAGGGAAACUGUGAUCUCGUCCUGGUUGGGUUCAUUCCUGUCCCCGUGCCCAGCCUGUUCCAUUCAGGAACCCUCUCCACAAAAUGGACCAUAUAGGGUCUCGGGGCCAUUUGGGGCAGCCAGGAGACUCUGGUGUGAACAGAACUCCCUGCCACCCCUUACCGGGGCAGUUUUUCUUGGGGAGGUGGGCUCUCUGCCCACAUUUGAUAGGACUGAAGUCUGUGGGGGGGCUUGGAUUCAUUUCGCCCCCGCCCCAGGAACCCCAGUCCCUGUCUGCCUGUCUGUGCCCACUGCCUCUGCCUGGCCCAGCCUUUAGCGGCAGCCUCUGCCCCAACUAUCCCCAAUCAGGAGGCCCUGCAGGAGGGCCAACAGGCAGAGCCGCUGGGUGUGUUGUGUCCUGGGAUGCUGCGGUGGUGGAACUUGACAUCUGGUAGAUGCCAGUGAAAUCCUCAGGUGACGUCUGGCCACAGGCUACGUCACGUCUUCCUUGGUUUUCCUUCCACCCACUUUUUAAACAAAUCCACACAAGCUGUGUUUUCUAUGAUACCUGUCUGUGACUUUCUGGAGCUGGGGGUUCCCCUACCCCCUUUACCUGGUGUUAAACUUUUCUUUUUGUACCAAUGGAUCUGGGCCCAAGACACUACCCACACUGGAAGGGGAUUUCUAUAAUAAAUGUGUAAACUGAACCCAU